CCUCCCUACCCCCCUUGAAGCGCGCUCACCCAAGGGCAUCCGCCCCGAAGCACGCGGCACCAAAAUGGCAACAGCGGUCGAGUCCGCUGCAGCGCGAGCACCAGCCACCUACGGCCGCGCUCGUCCAGAGGAGCGCUCAUCCGACGUCUCAUCCCCCAGCAUGUCGAGGCAUUCGGAAAGCAGCCCCAUGUUUACCAAAGCUGCUCACACAGGUGACGACUCUGAGUCACAUUCGCGCAACACCAGCUACGCCGCAGCUGACUCCGACUCGGAACUGGACGGCAGCCCACUCAAGAGCAAAGCAUCUCUCUUGAGCACGACUCAAGUGGGCAGCCAAGAGGCAGACAAGGCAGCUAUUCGGGCAUCGCGAGAAGCGUCAGCUCCUCUUUCUGCUUCGCAAGACUCUCAGCAUGUGACAGGAAAGACGUUGGCCGAGGAUGACGAUGCGUUCCUGGAGCGCUUUCGGCAGCAACGCGGUCUUCAGGCUCCCGGCCACUACGCAGGCCACUCUUCACAGCCGACAACGUCGGAUCUGACCAGCUUGCCCGCCUCAUCGUCGUACAAUACGCGCGAGGAUGGGCGGCGCGAGACUCAAACGCGGUCGUCGGACGACUCGCCGGCAAGUCGCAUCCGACCUGCUCGAGGCGGUCUGGCAAGUCGUAUGCGCGCUCGAAAUGGCGCAAAGUCGUCAGCACCAGUGUUCCGAGCAUCCGAUGGGUCGAGCGGUGAAGAUGUAGAAGACAGCGAUGCAGAAUCCAUCGAGCGCUCACCGAGUCCCGCCAAACGGUUACGCUCCACUGUCUCCCCCGCUGCAUCGCCUUUCCCCUCGGUAAUGAGAAGCACGGAGAAAGAGGUCGCAGAGCAGAGAAAGCAAAAGUUGGCCUCGAUGGCCGCGGCUGUUCGAGCCAAGCGCGGAGAUGAUGCCGCGCUCAACGAAGACACGCAAGACGUGGAGAGCGAUCUUGGCUUCGACAGCGCCGAUUCGGAUGUCAACGAUGAAGACGAUGCUCUCGAUGGGCUGCUCAAUGCUCUAGACCGCAAGGACAAGGGCCAAAGACAGAAAAGCACGUCGAGGCGUGCAGACGCUGGCAGAUCGAAAGGCAAGUCAGCCAGCAAGCGAUCGACGGAGAGGGACAAGGACCGCCCAAAGCCACUAACCAAGCAGCAGAUCGAAGAGACGAAUCGUAUGGCGGCGCAAAUCGAGCGCAACAAGCGUCUCAAAGCAGUCAAGUCUAAUGCCCAACCCGAGCGCAAGACUUACAACGUACUGGAUCUGCUCAAAAGUAUCGGUGGCAGCAAGGCAAUUGCCCCGCCCACCUCCAGAGCCACCUCGCCCACGCGAACCACAGACUCUGAGGUCGCAUCGCGCAAUGAGAAUCCAGCACAUACCAUUGGCAGUGCAAGCGCACUGGCCAAACACGCAGCUGGCCCAUCACUUGUUGCCAGAGUCUCGCCUGUGCUCACUAUGCGCUCUGUGGACGGGGACGGCGCUUCGCGUCAGCAGUGCGAGCAUGCCGCGCGACUACGUGCCAUCAAGGAGAAAGCGAUGCGAGCCUCAACUUUGCAGUUGGACUCGGCCUCAAAGACCACGGGAUCCUUGUCAUUGCGGCAAGCCAAAGACGAACCUGAUUUUGAAAUUCUGGGCCCUAAAAGCCAAAUUGCUUCGGAGUUGCAUCGCAAAAGCUCUCACACGACUCGUGCUGGAGCUGCACAUCUCUCUGCCAACAACAGCUCGGGCAGCCCGCCCCGCCGACCGGAGUUGAAGGACUCAGAACGUCGGCCUUUGGUAACCUUUGCGGACGAUGCAUCCAGCGACGCAGAAUUUUCCGACGAUUGCAUCACUGACGCUCAGCUUCGAGCGGCAGGCAAGAACCUUGGUCCACCUUCGGCCAUCGCCCAAGGACAGCCGGUCCGACCCUCGCCAGCACUUCGAGAGCGCGCAAGCCGGUCAGCCGCCGUUCAAGGUCCGCCAGUGGACAUUGAGGAGCCUGAGGCUCCUUCAGCUGCCCAGACCCGGUCAAAGAAGGUCACAGGCCCUCUUGCGGUCACCCGCGAGCAGCUCAACGCGACAAUGCUGAAGCAUGUUGCUCUACAAAACAUCAGCCACAGGCACAAGCUGCAGUCCCAUUCAGCCAAACGUCACCAGAGCGACGCUCCGAUGAAGGAGCAUGCGUCCACUGGUCAAGACGCUCAAGACGACGCUGCUCGCGUGCAGCGCAUGAUGGACGCAUACGCUCUGCGCGCUCAGCGUCGUGGUGCUGAAGCUCAGGCAGAGUCUCCUGACAGUGACGAGGAUGAAAGUGAUGCAGAGUACGUCGAGGAUCAGGUUGCGGAUGAGGGUGAAGGCAACGGAAACGACAACCUGGAUGAGGACGACGUUCUUGCUCUAGGCAGUGGAAGCGAGGAUGAGACUUGGAGAGCAACAGGAAGCCGGGAAGAGUCGGGGUCCGACGCUGAGAGUGGAGCAAACAGCGACAGCGACAAAGAAAACACUCAGCCCAGCGAGAGCCAGAGUCAUUCGGUGGAGACUCAUGCUCACAAGGAUGUUGACACCGAGGAGGAUGACGACAAUGAGGAUGAGGUGUCCCGCAUUCCUGGCCGUCAUCGCCGGCCUCGUACAACGCGUCAUCAACUUUCGGAUGAUGAAGAGGACGCCACUCGUUCCGGCAGCUUGGUCAGGACACCACUGAAGGACCUCAGCUUCACAAACGGUCUGAGCCCACUGACAGGCUGUCCAUCGCCAGCAGACGACUCGGAAUCGCCUGCCUCCGCCCCCGACAAGCAAACUGGCCUCAGCCAAUUUUUCCAACCCACAGCUGCUCUUCUCUCCAACGUGACCGCAAGCAAAGAAGCGAGCUCCACCGGCGAUGUCGUUGGCGCGCCAGAGGUCUCAAAUGGCGGAGGUCUUUCGCAAUUCUUCAAAGAGACGCAAGCGCCCGGCGCAGACUUGCAAGAAGGGACAUCAUCUCCGUUCGCAAGCAAGGAAUUCACAGGUGUAGCACAAGCACUUCAAGCGCAGAAGGAAAGCAAGAUACCGUCCGACAACUCUGUGUUAGGCCAAUUCUUCACCCCGACGCAAAAUGACGCGCCUUUGAGAGGCGAAAGCCUGGACAUCUUUGCACGCACUGGGCGAGUUUCGAGCACCGCUAACGUACCGGCUAGCGAUAGUCUUUCUCAGUGGUUCACAAGCUCACAAGAAGACAGUCAAAGGCCCCCCCGCAAAAUGAAGGGCGCUGAUGCCGAGAUUAUGCCGCCGCCAGCAACUGCUGGCGUGGAUGCAUUCGCAGCUCUGCGACGCGCACAAGCAAACGCAGACUACGAGCCGUCACCGUCGUUCUUGCCUUCUCUUGGCUCCCCAGGAGAAGAUUCGGAGAUUCGUCAGAUGGAGCGUGAAGUCGAAAGAAGCCGCGCUAUGCCAGAAAGUCCUGCACAAGAGGCGCCAAAGCAGUACAUCAAUAGCCGUGGAUAUUUCACUCAGACCAAGCCUGGCACGAUGGACAGUCAGACGCAGACGCAGAGCCAGUCUCAAAGUCAAAGCACGAGUCCGGCUUUCAAUUACACUGCUGAUUUGACCCCCUUCAAGCCUUCGCGCACGAUCUCUGAGAGCCCGGCGCUUCGUGGUAGCCCUGAACAGUCGCUCCAGCCACAGCGGCGCAAACGCUUCCGCAUAGCUGCUGCAGACAGCCAAGAAGAGGAGAAUCAAGAUUCGACGUUAGGACCACACGAUGACGGUGCCGAGGAAGCUCGCCACAACCGCGCAGAACAGUCCACAACAAAAGGUCGGCAGAAUGACGCAGGUAGCGUGGAAGAGAGGGCGGGCACAGAUGGGGAGUUGUCAAUCCGUGCUGCCCCUGCCGCCACGCGCGAUGCUUUCGCAUUGAUGCGCGACGCGCAAAAGCUGCCCGAAAGGCCAAAGAUGCGAUCCAGCAAUUUCGUGGAAGGCGAAGCUGAAGAGUCUGAAGAAGAAGACGUUGGCGGUAAGCGCGGUCGAGGUGGCGGUGGACUUGGCGGUAUCUUCGAUGAGGACGAUUCUGAAUCGGACGGGGAGAAUGAAGAUGAAGACGACGACGGGCAGGACCUUGUGGAGCUUGUGAAUAAUGAGAACGAAGUGGACGAAGCUGAAAAGGAUAUACUUGCUCGCGAGCGCUACCAAGAAGAUGUGCAGGUCGACGAAGCUGCAGCCAUGGCACUUGCCGAAAAAGCUGCACGUGGAGACCUCCGCCGAAAGCGCCGUCGAGGCGAAGCGGGUGGUCUAGAGGACUUGCUAGAUGAGGACUGGGACGAAGAGUAUCUGCAGCGCAAAGCUGCCAAUCCGCGAGCAUUCAUAGCGAAGAAACGUCGCUUGGAGGGCGAAGACGAGAUGGACUUUUUAGCUCAACGUGAGGAAUCCCAAGCGUUUGUGAAAGGCUACUCCGACACCCAUGGGGCAGACGAGGACGCAGAGAAGUACGCCUUCCUCGGCGGGGCGGACAGCGACGAAGGCGGCGAAGCGGAGUCUAGCACACGUGCAGGUAGGCCCUCCAUACACCAGGAAAUGUCUGAUCGCGAGGCAGACUCUGACGAUGAGGCGCCAUCGAGCAAGGUUUCCUACUUCGAGAUCGCCCGCGGACUUCGCGAAGCUCGCAAGCGCAAGAAAGCAGGACUCAUCGACGACGAAGAGGAUGAUGAGCUGCAAGCCAAGCGCCGCGCUGAGGAUGAGCACAAGAAGGAGAUGGAGCGUCGACUUCGCAGCAUCUAUGGCGACGCCAGCGAUGAUGAGAUGGACAUGGCGCGUAGCGCUCUUCGUGUACGGGAUCGCGUGGCCGCGAGGAAGGAAGCGGCGCGAUCCGGACGGCCCCGCGCGGGCAAUGAUGCUGGACAGCGACACAUGGCCUUUGGGUCCCGCGCUGUGGAUGCUGAGUCGCAAGAAGCCUUGGACGAGGAAUCGCAGAUCGACCGUGCCGUCGCGCUUCUGAUGGGCAAUGGCAGAAGCAAGACUGAAGCAGAGAAAGCAAGACAGGCUCGCAUUGCCAAGGAUUUGCGCGAAGAAUCGAGUUGGGGCGCUACUCGCAACUCGAACUCCGUGAGAAGAGGCGGCAGCGGAGCUGAAGGACGGGCGUCCGUGACGAGUUUCGGGACCAGAAGCACUGGUAACAAUAAGAUGGGGCUGCAGAGAAAUGAUUCGACGAGCAGCAUCGCCAUAGCCGGCGAGCGGAAGCCAAUGCAGAGCUCAUCGAGCUCUAGUCGACUUGCUGGCCUUCACAGCGUCAUGAGCCGCAACGUCAACGAGUCGCAGUGAAUUGUCAAUGAUGGCCUUCUCAGGCCAUGUGAGGGAUGUUGACGAUCAAGGAUCGUACAUCGCUCCUAUCAUGUUUUCCUCCACAUGUUCUCACGCGGGCCCUGGUCGUGACUCUCAUUCGUACGUCAUGUAUCAGCGCACCCUAGAGUAUUCAGCAUCUUUCUUCAUCAGAGACAACGCAAUGGCAUCACUCCCAGAG